AUGGCGCAACCGGCUAAACGCGCGAAGUACGCGGCCAAGGACUUGGCGACGAAAGUAAAAAUACUAAAAGCACUGAAGGACGGCGCUUCCAGAGAACAAGUGAUGCGACAGUUCGACGUGAAAAGAAGCACCCUGUCGACGUACGUGAAGAACGAAGCCCAAAUAAUGGAAGCUUUUCAGGGCGAGAAGGUCCACGCCGGUCGGAAGCGUUUACGAACGGCAGCCCACCCACAAUUGGAGGAAGCAUUGUUGCAGUGGAUAGCUGCCGCACGUGACUCGAAGCUGCCGUUGAGCGGGCCCCUUAUCUGCGCGCAAGCAGAGAGGUAUGCCCUCCGGAUGAAUAUUAUCGAUUCGUUCAAGGUGUCAGAGGGCUGGCUUGCGCAUUUUAAAGACCGGCAUGGUCUUGUGUUUAAGACCGUAUGCGGGGAGAGGGGCGAGGUGGACGAACAAGUCGUCAAAGAUUGGCAAAACGUGCAACUUAAAGAGCACGUGGCAGCCUACGACCCGAACGACGUCUGCAACGCUGACGAGACGGCACUCUUUUUUAAAGCGCUGCCAGAUAAGACAAUUACGUUUAAAGGGGACCCUUGCACUGGCGGCAAAAGGAGCAAGGAGCGGGUGACGGUACUGCUGGCUGCAAACAUGACGGGCACGGAGCGCCUUCCACUUCUCGUCAUCGGGAAGGCGCUGAAACUGAGAUGUUUUUACAACAACAAACACCUCCCUGUCGAAUACCGGGCCAAUCGGAAAGCGUGGAUGACGUCGAAAAUCUUUCGUACCUGGCUGCAAGAUCUGGACCGACGCUUCAGCGCCAAGAAACGCAAGGUGCUGCUCGUAGUAGACAAUUGCAGCGCACACUGCAACAUUUCAAAUCUGGAGGCAAUAAGGCUUGUGUUCCUUCCUCCCAACACCACGGCAGCUCUGCAGCCGAUGGAUCAGGGAAUCAUCCAGUAUGUUAAGAAACGGUAUCGCACUCAAGUGUUGGAGCGCAUGCUUCUCUGCAUGGACCGGGAGCAGCAGUACAACAUCACUCUUUUGAGUGCGAUCCAUAUUUUGGCGCACGUGUGGACAAACACGCCGGCAGAAGUGGUGGCGAACUGUUUUAAACACAGUGGAUUUGUGCGGCCCGAGACUUGUGAAAGCCCGCAGCCCGCAGUGCAAGAAGAAGAGGGGGACGAUAUCGCAUUCGCUGGCCUGCUUCCCUCCAAAGUUCAGCUUGCGGAUUACGUUGCGAUUGAUGACGGCGUUGCCCUCGCUGGCCAGUUAACAGACGAUGACAUCAUCAGCGGAGCACUCGGUGCGGCGGAUGAGGCGUCCGAUGAGGACGACCCGUGCGGUGAGCUACGCCCUGUGCGUCGUACUGCGAAAGAAGCCGCGGACGCUCUCGCUGUUCUAGAGGAGUUCUGCUACGAUGUUCCAGGCAAUACCCUCGCGCUGGAGGGAUUGUUGCAUGCCCGCAAGCUAGUGCUUUCCGCCCAGCUGGCCGCGAAAAAACAAACGAGCAUCACUGACUUCUUCACAAAGUAA